AUGGCUUUCGAAUUUAAUCAAACAUCAUCAACAAUUGAAACCAAUCGUGCUACUUCUGGAGGACAUGAUAUACAAUGGUAUCCGUUUGCUCCGGGUCAAUGUCCGCCAACGUAUAGUAUAAUUUUACAAGGAUUUUGUGCACCAUUAAUUAUUAUUAUAUCAACUGUGCUAAAUUCUUUAAUUGGUGUUGUUUUACUUCAAAAACACCUACGUUCACCCACUAACAUUCUUCUAUUAGCUAUUGCACUUUAUGAUACAUUGACAGGCCUAUUCCCUUUUCCAUCUUAUAUAUUCCUGUUUACGUUUCGACAAUGCAAUGAUUAUAUGCCAUACAAUUACGGAUGGUUUCAUCGAAUUUGUUAUGAUGUACUGCCAUUUAUAUUUCAUACUUGUUCUAUAUGGGCAACUGUCGUAUUAGCUAUUCAACGUUACGUUUAUGUAUGUUAUUCCGAAAAGGCCAAAAAAUGGUGUACUGUACCCAUGGCACUAAAAGCAAUUGCAUGUGUUAAUAUUUUAGCAGUUAUUGUAGCCAUACCUAUGUUUAUCGAAGGUACAUUUCAAGUCAAAUCAGUUCAAUCAUUGACGGAUCCAAGCAAAAUUUUCAAUGCAUGUACUGUUAUAGAUUAUUCAGAAGAUCCUAACUAUAGAACAUUAUUUUCAAUCUAUUCACUUCUUCGUGCUCUAUUAAUUAAUGUUGGUCCAUGCACAAUACUUGUUAUAUUAAAUGCUAUCUUAGUUGCGCGUAUGAAAGAAGCUAAAAAAAAUCGAGAGAAACUAAUACGACGACGUAGUUAUGAAUCUAAAACACAAGAACAAUCAAAUGUUACACUGAUGCUUGUUAUUGUGGUAACAAUGUUUUUAAUUGUCGAAAUACCCAUGGCUCUUUAUUUAAUUACAUCCGGCAUAUUAAGAGCAGUAAAAUCGAACUUUCUACGUGACUUUUUAGAUAUCGCUGUACAAAUUUUAAAUUUUGCUGUCUUACUAUCGUAUCCAAUAAAUUUUUUUAUUUAUUGUCGCAUGUCAAGAGCAUUUCGAGAUGCAUUUACAAAACUUAUAUGUCCAUCGUUUCUAAGAAUACGACAGGAACGUUUACAAUCUGUUGCAACACCGUUAAUUACAAAAAAAGGUGGUACAAUGACAACUGUUGAUCAAUUGGAACUUAAUCGUACAAGUGUAAAAUUGAACACAUUACACGUUGAAACAGCCCCGUCAUCAUCUGUGAUAUGUAAUUCUACGUCGAAUAAAACAUGUAUGUCAUCAUGUAAUUCGUUAAGUCAGCGGAUUAGCAAUGACAUGAAAAAGACUUCAAUUGGAUCUUUAGGAAAGCCAAAUGUUUCAUUCGGUGAAGAUAUUAAUCAAUUAAAUAAUAAAAACUUUAUGGAUUUGUAA